CCAUUGCCGAGACUGGUAGUAGUCGGAAAUCUGUCGUCUUCGCAGCGAUCUCCAAAUCUCCCAUAAACUCUCAACACAGAUAAGCCAAACUUCCCCCUUGCGUUCCCCAGUCGAGAAAUGGCAGCUGAGGAAGAAGCAGCAGAGUACGCAGCGGCAGAAGGAGGCAAGCUCCGACAGCAACCUCCACCACUGGGCGCCAGUACGGAAGAGCUUCAGCAGCAAACUCCUAGCAGUGACAAGCUUCUCUCUUCCUACUUAGGCCUCAGCUUUUCCGUUUUCCUGGCGCUACUCCCAGCCAACUCCCUCACUUUGCUUCCGGCUCUCCAAUCCCGCAUCCGCGACCUCUCCCUGCGGCUUUUCCAAGCCGAAGAGCAGCUCAAGCAGAUGAAAUCCAGGCGGCAAGAGGACUCCAAGGCCAACGCCAGGGUUGUUGAGAUCUUCGCCGGGAACCGGAACGCCUGGCAAGCGGAGGAGAAGCGCCUCCUGCAGCAGAUCGACGCCGCCAGUGAGGAAAUGGCGAUGCUGAGGUCUAGAAUUCAAGAUUUGGAGAAGGAGAAGCAAGAGUGGGGUGCCAGGGUUCACGAUUUGGAAAGGGAGGUCGACGAGAGGGAAGAGAUGCUCGGAUUCAUGUCCAGAAGCGCCGUUGCGUCGAACGGUUUUCCCGUGGAAGAAGAGGAGAAUGGGGCGGAAGAAGAAGCUGGUAUGUUCAGGAAUAGGGAGUGUUGUGGUGGGGAUGACGAGUAUUUGAAUCUGAAUGGGAAUGGUAAUUUCGUGUACGGUGGCUCUCUCCAUCAUCAACAGCCGCAGCAGCAGCGCCAUCAGUCACUGGGGGGCUAUGGAGGUUUGGGUCCUGAAUUCGCUGCUUCAGCUUCCAAGUUUUGGCCUGAUGGACCUCAUCACUGGCAGGAUGUACAAUAUGAACCCGUUGAAUCGCACUAUCAAGCAAAGCCUUUUAUAGCAAGAAGGGAGUCACCUUGGAAGGUAGAUGGUGAGUCAAAUGGGGUCUCCUCCAAAUUAAAAUCACUUGAACAAGAACUUCUGAAUCUGGAAAAGGUUGGAAAGGGUGAUCUACUAAAGGUCCCAUCACUUCUUAGGAAGCAGACUAAGAGAUACCAAGCUCUUGCUGGAAAGAUUGAUGAUCUCUGCAGAAGAAUGCAAACUAGCGAUCCUUGUGAACCCACGCUGAGUCCUGAGUUCCGCACACAAAGGCAGACAGAGUUUUUGCUGGAAGCAUUUCGGUUUCAGCAGCGUGCAUCCGAAACAGGACAGAAGCUAAUGGCACUCCAAACAGAGAUCGGGAAGAGUGGUGAGGACGACAAUGAUUUAGGAAGGCAGCAGCAGCAGUACUCGAAACUCGCAAUGAGAAGUUCCUUGAGCUCCAUUAGAAACAACUUGAAGGAAGUUCAGAGGAAUCUUGAGAUCUGGUUGGCAAGGAUCAUCGGUGACCUGGAAGGGAUUCUUGCGAGAGAUGGGGCUUCGCGCGUUAGAGAUUACUAUGGUGCUCGGUAUCCCUUUGCUCAGUAGGCAUUCCCUUAACUAAGUGCUAGUAGUGAUAUCAUCAGAUGCCUGAUCUAAUUAGCCGAGCUUUUUGUACAUUAGCUCAGUUGGUAAAUAUGAUGCUGAUAUUAGAGGCGUAUUUGGUACUGACCAGUAUGUAGUGUUACUUGGCUGAAUGAAGUCCAUUUUCAUUUUUUCUUUUCCUUUUCAAUAAGUUUGAUAAUGGUGGUCACAUGUUAUGCUACGUCUAAUUGAGGAGAGCUUUUGCUAAGGUUUUCAAAUUUCUGAA